AAUCUUUAACAGAUAACGCGUCUGGAACAGACCAACCUCCAAUAAAAUUGGAGAGAGACAUAAACCUAACACACACAUACACAAACCAAACAACUAUCGAAGUCUUUCAAUCUUAUCAUUCAAGUCAACGGAAACCAUGGAUUCAGAGAUCGUGUACGACUUCUCUCCAGUGUUCAUAAUCUACAAGAGUGGCCGCAUCGAGCGCCUCACCGGUGAAACCAUCGUCCAAUCUUCUUUAACUCCCCACAACGGCGUCGUUUCUAAGGACGUCGUUUAUUCUCCCGGCGAUAAUCUCUCCGUCCGUAUUUUCCUCCCGGAGAAAGCCGCGAAGACCGGUGAGAAACUCCCUCUCCUCGUUUACUUCCACGGAGGAGCAUUCAUCAUCGAAACCCCUUUCUCACCGACUUACCACACUUUCCUCACGACGGCUGUAUCUGCUUCCGACUGCAUAGCAGUGUCGGUGGAUUACCGGCGUCCACCGGAGCAUCCCAUUCCGAUCCCUUACGAUGAUUCAUGGACGUCUCUCAAAUGGGUAUUCACCCACAUCGCCGGUUGUGGACCGGAGAAUUGGCUGAACAAACACGCCGACUUCAGCAAAGUGUUCCUCGCCGGAGACAGCGCCGGUGCGAACAUCACUCAUCACAUGACGAUGAGAGCUGCGAAGGAGAAACUGAGUCCCCAUUUGAGCGGUUCAGGAAUCUCGGGAAUCAUCUUGGUUCAUCCUUACUUCUGGUCUAAAACACCAGUCGACGACAAGGAUACGACGGAUGUAACGACGAGGUCCAGAUCGGAGACGCUCUGGAGGAUAGCGAGUCCUAAUAGCAAAGACGGAGUGGAUGAUCCGUUUAUCAACGUCGUUCAAGCAGAGUCGGUGGAUAUCUCCGGCUUGGGAUGCAGAAAGGUUUUGGUGAUGGUGGCAGAGUUAGAUUUGCUAGUGAGGCAAGAUUGGUGUUACGCGGCGAAGCUUGAGAGGAGUGGUUGGAAGGGAGAAGUGGAGGUGAUGGAGACUGAAGGAGAAAAACAUGUCUUUCAUUUGAAGAAUCCUGAUACUGAGAAAGCUCAUGAGCUCGUGAAGAAGUUCGCAAGCUUUAUUAAGGGAGAGAUGUAGCAACUGUGCUGCCUGUGUAGAGAGAUGAAGAUAUAGUUUGGUCUCUCUCAAUCUCUGCAAUGUUAUAGUGAUUUUAUCAUAUUUGCACGAAUAAUACAAGAGACAUUAAUAA